AAAACUCCCUCUUCUGAUUUCUCUCAUUCAUCUGAUCUCCACACAAAAAAAAAAAAAAAUGAAAAAUUUGACUAACUCUCUCGAACUCACAUCUUUAACACUUGAAGACCCAUGGCCUGCUUCCUAGCCUUGAUUUCAUCGAGAAAACCAACAAAAACACAAGAAAGCUAGAAUCUAAUCUUUUUUUUCUUCUUCUUCUUGAUUUCUUCAGAUUUUUCGUGAAAAAAAGGUUCUAAAAAAAUCAUGGGUACGGGAGAAAAAACCUUGAAGAGCUUCCAGUUACAUCGCAAACAGACAGUGAAAGCCAAAGAUGUUCCAAAAGGUUGCUUAGCGAUAAAAGUGGGAUCUCAAGGAGAAGAGCAACAGAGAUUCAUCGUUCCUGUUUCGUAUUUUAACCAUCCAUUGUUCAUGCAGCUCCUGAAAGAAGCAGAAGACGAGUAUGGAUUCGAUCAAAAGGGCACCAUCACAAUUCCUUGCCACGUGGAGGAGUUUCGUUACGUUCAAGCUUUGAUUGAUGGAGAGAGAUCGGUUUAUAAUGGUAAUAACAACCAUUAUGGCGGCCGUGACCAGUAUCAUCAUCUUGUUGGAUGUUUCAGAGCUUGAUGAAUGAUGAAUGAUAUAUGAUGAUGAUGAUGAUAAAUUGAUGCGUUCAAAGUUUAAUAUAUUUUCUAAUGGUUAAUCUUGUGGAGUUGUGGAGCCAAAACUGGCCUAACCCAUGAAGGAAGUGAAUCUUCUUAGUUUUAUCGAUUUGUAGUUGUAUCUUUUCUUUUCUUUUUCCUGUAAUUUCAUGGAGUUUCAAAAAAAAAAAAAAAGUUAUUUGUUUCUGAUA